AUGGGGCGGAAGAAGAUUCAGAUCACUAGGAUAAUGGACGAAAGAAACAGACAGGUUACCUUCACAAAGAGGAAGUUUGGCCUGAUGAAGAAAGCCUACGAGUUGAGCGUGCUCUGCGACUGCGAAAUAGCCCUCAUCAUUUUCAACAGCUCCAACAAGCUGUUCCAGUACGCCAGCACGGACAUGGACAAAGUGCUGCUAAAGUACACUGAGUACAAUGAGCCCCAUGAGAGCAGAACCAACUCUGACAUAGUGGAGAAAUUAAGAAACAAAGGCCAUAAUGACUGUGCUAGCCCCGAUCCCGACGACUGUUUUGGGCACAGCCCCCUCACCGACGACCAUUUCAGCAAACUAAGCGAAGAGAGCGAUUUAAUGUACAAGCGCUGCGGUCCCACAGCGUUGCCUCAGCAGAACUUCUCCAUGCAUGUGGCCGUGCCUGUGUCUAACCCCAACGCCAUGUACCAGCCUGGAGGCGUGACUUUGGGCAGCCAGAGUUUAACGGCGGCCGCAGCCUCCAUCGGUGACAACGGGAUGCUAUCCCCUCCUCAAGCCUCCUUGCAUAGGAACGUGGGCUCCAGUGGGGGUCCUCAAAGACCCACCAGCACAGGUUAGUUCAGUGGCCCGCCUGAUAGCACAGAGCUCUCGGUGCCAAGCGGCGUGGGCUCCGGCCCAGCGGGGAACGGAUUUGCCAACCCCAGGGGCUCCCCGGGUCUCCUCAGUGCGCCCAGCGGCAACGGUCUGGGUAAAGUCAUGCCCACCAAAUCUCCGCCAUCCCCUGGAGUGAGCAUGGGAAUGGGAGGCCGCAAGCCAGAUCUCAGGGUUGUCAUACCUCCGUCAAGCAAAGGGAUGAUGCCCCCGCUGUCGGAGGAAGAGGAAAUGGUUUUGAACACUCAGAGAAUAAGCAGCUCCCAGUCCACCCAGCCACUGGCUACUCCAGUGGUAUCUGUCACCACACCCAGCUUACCUCCACAAGGCCUGGUUUACUCAGGCAUGCCCACCUCCUACAACCCUGCUGAGUAUUCCCUAAGCAGUGCAGAGCUUUCUUCGCUCCAGGGAUUCAGCUCUCCCGGGCUCUCGCUGGGCUCUAUGUCAGCAUGGCAACAGCAUCAACUGGGCCAAGCAGCACUCAGUUCUUUGGUCGGUGGAGGACACCUACCUCAGGGCUCCAAUCUCUCCAUCAGCACGAGCCAGAGCAUCAACAUUAAGUCGGAGCCCAUCUCACCGCCACGAGGGCGAGUCACCCCCUCUGGCUUCCCGCCCCAGCAGCCGCCGCCCUCCCAGCAGCAGCACCAACAUGGCCCCGGCCGGCAACAAGAAGGUCUUGGACGCUCGCCUGCCGACAGCCUCAGCUCCUCGUGCAGCUCCUAUGACGGCAGCGACCGCGAGGACCACCGGGCGGACUUCCACUCACCCCUUAGCCUGGGCAGAGCGCCAGCGGCUGCCGACAGGGAAAGUCCGUCAGUCAAGCGCCUGCGCAUGGACGCGUGGGUGACAUAA